AUGGUUCACCAAACUCGCACACCCAGCAAGGCCAUCCCAGCCAAGCACCUGAGUCCCAUGAGGACCGUGGAGGGUCUGGGCGGAAAAUACGCCGUAUCCAGCAGUCCGGCGGAUAGUUUCCUACGGAAUACAAGACUUACGGUUCAGAGCAGCACCCAAAAAUCGGCGGCCUUCAAAUACAACCAGAUGGUCACCAACAAUCGGGAGCAGUUUCAAUAACCUGCAUUUCUGCUAGGAAAACGGAUGGGAAUUUUCCCUCCGCCACUGGAGAGACCGCAAAAGGAGGAGGAAAAAUAUCACUAUAAUGGCGAUUAUUUGUCACAAUACAUAAAUGCAAUAAAUUCAUUUAUAAAAAUUUCCACAAA